AACAUCAGAUAUAAAAAUGAGUAUCAAUGAAGGAAGGUAAACAGUAUAAAAGGAAAAAGAGAGGCAUGCCAUGCACUAAGGUCACUUAGGGUAAGGACCAGGCUUGGUAAGAAGGCAAAGGAGGAGAAGGGACAGCUUGAUGUAGAGCCCAUCAGGAGGGAAUGGGCAAGUUAGGGCACAUAUGCUAAUUUUAGAAUUGGAAUGUAGCUAUAAGAGCUGUACCUAGUUAUUUGGUACCUGGGCCUGGGGUAUUUUAGAGUGGGGGAAUAUUGUUUUGGUAUGUAAGUUCACUGGUGGUGGAUACUCUGGUUGGUUUAUAUCAAGAUGUCCUCACAGAGGAGACAUGAUAUCUGUAGAAUUUAGAUAGCUUUAGGAGGGACUGUGUCUUCAGGAUUAAGGCCCCAAAUCAAGAGCAUGUACAACGCAGACAAUAAGAAAAUGUACUUAAUAUACUAUAUUUGUUGAAAACUUAACUGUAUUCUUAGGAGAAUACAUUUUUAAUAUUGUGGACAAAAAUAAACAUUUAAGAAACUGUUCCUAAUAGCAUUAUUAAAGGUGAAUUAGAAAGAGAUAAACUGGCUAUAGAAAAGGCCCCUUUCUGAUUUCUGUAUCUACUCUCUUGCUUUGUAGGCAAAUAAUAGAGCUAUUGUAUUCUUUGGAUUUUAACUUUUUUUUUUUAACUGAAUUUCUCCUGCUAACCUUAGCCAAAUUUGGUGAAUAAACUUCAACUUUCAUAUUCAUCUGUUAUAUUUUUAUUCACCAGAAGGGGAGAACAUAUGCAAGUCUUGCUUAUGGUUUCAGAUAUCUUAUAGCUAGAGCUUUGAUUUUGUUGUGUUCAACGAUGAGUCUUUUUUACCUGUUUAUAGCUGGUACCAAUUCAGCUGUGAUUGGAGAAUAUAAAUGUACUUGGAAAAUUACUUCUACAAUUCAAAGGUCAGUUAAGAUAGGUUAUUGUAAGCUAUGCAGAAAUCUCAGGAGUGUUUACCAUUGUUACAGAUUUUGAAUUUUGACUAUUUUGUAAUUUGUUGGUAGGAAGAUUGCCUACUACAUUAAAAUUAAAGAUGUAAUAAAAUCUUGGUGAAAUUUUUCCAAUAAUCUACAAAAGGUGUUGAAAUUGAACUUAAGAGUAAUUGGACCGCUGAUGGAGAGAAGACAAGAGAGGCCAUGGGAGUCUUUUGGGGUGCAAGAAACAUUCUUUAUCUUAAUCUGAAUGAUGGUAAUGUAAACUUACGUAUGCAAAUUAUUAAAGUACAUAUUUCAGAUUUGUGGUUUUUGUAUCAUAUUGUGAUACUGAUUAAAAUGAUGCCAUUGUCAAUCUUCUUGACUUAACUGCUGUAUCUUACGAGAUAGCUGUCUGUCUGUAACUGGAAGUCAGUAUAUUCUCAUUGAUAGGUUUCUGAUGAAUCAAGAAAUUUGAGAAUUUUAGAAAUGUAAAUAUCAUGAUCACAUUUUAAAUAUGAGACAUCAAAAAGUUAAUGUUUGGUAUACUUUAUUCCCUAGUUUAGGAGCUGUGAUUAAUGAGAAUCAGAGACCAUGGAUGAAGAUGAACUUGAAUUGCACCCUCAAGAACCAAACACAUUUUUUGAAGGAAUAGUUUUUCAGAACACUUCCCACACAUUUCCAUUUGAUCAUCACAACAAUCCUGUGAGGAACUGAUGCUACACACAUGGAUGGUGAUCAGAUUGUUGUGGAAGUUCAAGAAACUGUUUUUGUUUCAGAUGUUGUGGAUUCAGAUAUAACUGUACAUAACUUUGUUCCUGAUGACCCAGACUCAGUUGUAAUUCAAGAUGUUAUUGAGGAUGUUGUUAUUGAGGAUGUUCAGUGCUCAGAUAUCUUAGAAGAAGCAGAUAUAUCUGAAAAUGUCAUCAUUCCUGAGCAAGUGCUUUAUUCAGAUGUAACCGAAGAAGUUUCUUUAGCACAUUGCACAGUCCCAGAUGAUGUUUUAGCUUCCGACAUUACUUCAGCCUCAAUGUCUAUGCCAGAACACGUCUUGACAAGUGAAUCUGUACAUGUGUCUGACAUUGGACAUAUUGAACACGUUCAUGAUAGUGUAGUAGAAGCAGAAAUCGUGACUGAUCCUCUGACAACUGAUGUAGUUUCAGAAGAAGUAUUGGUAGCAGAUUGUGCCUCUGAAGCAGUCAUAGAUGCCAGCGGGAUCCCUGUGGACCACCAUGAUGAUGAUAAAAGCAACUGUGAGGACUACCUUAUGAUUUCCUUGGAUGAUGCUGGCAAAAUAGAGCAGAAUGGUUCCCCUGGAAUGACCAUAGACACAGAGUCAGAAAUCAGUUCUUGUAAAGUGGAUGGCACUUGCCCUGAAGUCAUUAAGGUGUACAUUUUUAAAGCUGAUUCUGGAGAGGAUGACUUAGGUGGCACUGUAGACAUUGUGGAGAGUGAAACUGAGAAUGAGCAUAGAGUUGAAGUACUAGACCAGAAUAGCAGUAUUCGUGUGCCAAGAGAAAAGAUGGUUUAUAUGACUGUCAAUGACUCUCAACAAGAAGAUGAAGAUUUAAAUGUUGCAGAAAUUGCUGAUGAAGUGUAUAUGGAGGUGAUUGUAGGAGAGGAGGAUGCUGCUGUUGCAGCAGCAGCUGCUGCUGCUGUUCAUGAACAGCAAAUUGAUGACAAUGAAAUGAAAACCUUCAUGCCAAUAGCAUGGGCAGCAGCUUAUGGUAAUAAUAAUUCUGAUGGAAUUGAAAACCGGAAUGGCACUGCAAGUGCCCUCUUGCACAUAGAUGAAUCGGCUGGGCUUGGCAGACUGGCUAAACAAAAACCAAAGAAAAGGAGAAGACCUGAUUCCAGGCAAUACCAAACAGCAAUAAUAAUAGGCCCUGAUGGACAUCCCUUGACUGUCUAUCCUUGCAUGAUUUGUGGGAAAAAGUUUAAAUCCAGAGGUUUUUUGAAAAGGCAUAUGAAAAAUCAUCCUGAACACCUUACCAAGAAGAAGUACCACUGUACUGACUGUGAUUACACUACCAACAAGAAGAUAAGUUUGCACAAUCAUCUGGAGAGCCAUAAGCUGACUGGCAAGGUAGAGAAAGCCAUUGAAUGUGAUGAAUGUGGGAAGCAUUUCUCUCACACUGGGGCUUUGUUUACUCACAGAAUGGUGCAUAAGGAAAAAGGAGCCAACAAAGUGCACAAGUGUAAAUUCUGUGAAUAUGAAACAGCUGAACAAGGGUUAUUGAAUCGCCACCUUUUAGCAGUUCAUAGCAAGAACUUUCCUCAUAUUUGUGUGGAAUGUGGUAAAGGUUUCCGUCACCCAUCAGAGCUCAAAAAACACAUGCGAAUUCAUACAGGGGAGAAGCCAUACAAAUGCCAGUACUGCGAAUAUCGGUCUGCAGACUCUUCUAACUUAAAAACACACAUAAAAACUAAGCAUAGUAAAGAGGUACCAUUUAAGUGUGACAUUUGUCUUCUGACUUUCUUAGAUACCAAAGAGGCACAGCAACAUGCACUUAUUCACCAGGAAAGCAAAACACACCAGUGUGUGCAUUGUGACCACAAGAGUUCCAACUCAAGUGAUUUAAAACGACACAUAAUUUCAGUUCACACAAAGGACUACCCCCAUAAGUGUGACAUGUGUGAUAAAGGCUUUCACAGGCCUUCAGAACUCAAGAAACACGUGGCUGCCCACAAGGGUAAAAAAAUGCACCAGUGUAGGCAUUGUGACUUUAAGAUUGCAGAUCCAUUUGUUCUGAGUCGCCAUAUUCUCUCCAUUCACACGAAGGAUCUUCCCUUCAGGUGUAAGAGGUGUAGAAAGGGAUUCAGGCAACAGAAUGAGCUAAAAAAGCAUAUGAAGACACACAGUGGCAGGAAAGUUUAUCAGUGUGAAUACUGUGAGUAUAGCACGACAGAUGCCUCAGGCUUUAAACGGCAUGUUAUUUCCAUUCAUACUAAAGAGUAUCCUCACCGUUGUGAGUACUGCAAGAAAGGGUUCCGAAGACCGUCAGAAAAGAACCAGCACAUAAUACGGCAUCAUACAGAAGUGGGCCCACCCUGACACUCUAGAUGUUUGGAGAGAUCCUGUCCUUGAAGUAGAAAAUUGAUUUUAAAGCCCACAGUCUUAUUCACAUACAUUACAUUCAUUUAUACUGUGUACAAAUAAAAUAUUGCUUCUAGUUGAUUUUUUUUUAACAUUAUUCCAUAGGGAAUUCUUUUUUUUUUAAUGAAAGAAAAGUAGCAAGAAUCAAGUUCUUUUAUUUAAAUAAUCUCUGAUCUUAUGUUGAAUGUUUAAGUCUUAGAACUUGUACUAUUUAUUUAACUAUUUACUUUAUUCACUUUGAUGGUACUCUUCCCAGACUACUUAAAGAUGAGAAAUGAUAAAAUUGGUGACUCUAAAAAUGAUUGUUUUAUUUUUGAAUUUCUCAUGUUAGAAAUAUCUGCUGAGUGGGAAUACUACUCUCAGGUAUAAUUAUAAUAUGAAAAUAAUUUCUUUUAGUAUUUUCAGAUCACAUGACAGUGAUGCUACUUAAGAGAACUUUGGCAGACUUGUGUUUACUUUUUAUUUGGUUUAGCGGACAAAAUAUGCUUCCUCUGAUUGACUUUGUAAGUGUUUACAUAUUGUCCAUAUAACACACUUAAAAAGUCUUACUGAAAGGUUUUGAUUACUCCUGUUUUCUUAUGUCUGAACUGCUUUUGGGGGGGGGAAUACUUGUGUUCUGCAAAUCAGACUUACUGUGAACUGAGGUUUGAAAUUUUUUUGAGGUAGAUUGUGGUCAUAGGAGUUUCUGCAACUGGAUGUGAAAAUGUACCCUAAAUUUAAUAUGUGCUUCUGUAUUGCUUAUUUUACAUAUAUAUACACAAUGCCAGUUCUGUCAGCAGUGGAAAAUAUUAAAUGUACAAUUAAUGGGAAGAUACAGGGAUAUAAGAAAAACCAUUUUUGCAGACUUCCUAUUCAGAGAGAUUAAAAUUCAAGUGUAGUGUCAGAAAGAAAGACACUCAUAUUUUUCAAGACUAAAGGUAAUCUUUAUUUUGAAUAUCUUUAGUAAUUAGGAAAAGAAGUUAUUUCUACAUAAAAUGUGUUCUUAACAAUUUUAGUGUCAUAACUUCAUUACUGGUUUUGAAAAGCUAUUGGCUAUCCAGACAUUAAUCUCUUGUUUCUCAAUGAGAAGUCUGGAAAAGAUACAUCUUUUUACAAAGUAGAGUGUACUUAAGGAAGCAGUGACUUCAUGUACCAGAGAAUUAAUGCAAAUUAUACUUGACAGAUUCACCCUUUUUUCAGCAGUUAAAAGAGUUGAAAACAUUUAACACGGACUUAUUUUUUUUAGAAGAGAAGAUAAAUGUAUAAUGUACAUAAUGAAAAAUGUGAGGUUUUAUUUGGAAUCACCAAGUCUUUCACAGUUUUUUCUUUUUAUUUGAAAGUUAACAUAUCUUAAACAGUGAGUCAUAAAUGUAGAUGGAAAAUUAAUUCAAACAGUAUUGGAUUUGUUAAUACAGUUUUUUAGAUUAUUUAAAUUGGCUGGGGCACUUAAGGAGAUUUGAAAUUUUUAUUCGCUCUGAUAGCUACAAUGUAACUCGACCAAGGUGCUGCCAUCUACUCCUCCUGUAAUAUGUUUACCUUUUGCCUUUCUUUGUGCCACUAAUACUCAUAUUCAGAAGUUAUAUUUGUAGGGUAAGAAAUCUAAUGAUUUGGGAGUUUUGAGAACUUGUAAAGGCUAGAUGAAUUUAGUUCCAUGUUUUAGACACAUAGUAAUUUAAACCUAAAGCCAACCAAAGCCACAGAAAGGAUUUUGGUACCUCUUAAGCCCUUUGGCUCUCAUAUAUAUACCCUGUUUAGUAUUCAUCCAUGGUCCUGUUCUUGAAAACUUAUUUUUGUGUGAUAACUUUUUAAAAAUCUCCCAAGAAAUUGUUUUCCCUGAAGUAAUAUAGAAGGAAAUGUUUAAAUGAAAGUUUACAUUUAAAACAAGAUAGCUAUUUAUAUUUUUAAAAUAAACUUAACAAAACAUGUUACAUACUUUAUUUUCUCACAAUCUGAAUUCAUACACAAUGGUUUGUUUUGUUUUUAGCACAGUAUUGAAACCUUUAAAAGGUAUUUAAGUAUUUGGUCUAGUGAAUAUAAAACCUUUAACAAAAAAUGUAAUUGUUCUUACUGUUAUGUACUGAUACUAGUUGUAGGCUAUUUUAUUUCUUAAAACAAUUUGAUUAGCAAAGCUGAGAAAGUGGAUGUUUCUGUUUAAUGUUUUAAAGAGGUCCAGAUUUAUACAAGAACAUAACUUAUUGUUAUAUAGAAGUAGCCUAUUAAAUAUUAUAUGUCUUCCUCUGUACACAUUGUAAAAUACUUAAAUUCAUACAGAAAAGUAUGACACUAUUGUAAAUGUGUACUUGAGAUUAACAUGCAAAAAUAAAAAUUUGAAUAUUUUUAUGUAAA